UCCAAUAUGUCGAAGGAAUUAUUGGUCCCCUUGUAGUUUAUGAUCGGGAUGAUCCUUAUAUUAAUCAUUAUGAUGAUGAAAUUGUUGUGCAGUUACAUGACUGGUUUCACACCGACGCUAAAAUUUUAUUAGCUAAAUUAUUAUCUCCUGAGAGUCGAGGGUUUGGUCCAAUUCCUGAUAGUGGAUUGAUUAAUGGAAAAAAUUCUUUUAAUUGUUCGUCGGCUCCACCAGGUAGUCAUUGUGUUAGUGAUGCUCCAUUGGAACAGUUCAAAUUUGUUCAAGGAAAACGAUACAGAAUUAGAAUUAUUAAUUCUGCUUCGCUUCCUACUUUUAUUUUCUCGAUCGAUGGGCAUGAAUUGGAAGUAAUUGAAGUUGAAGGGAUGAUGAUUAAACCUUACAAACUUAAUCGCCUUCCUAUUAAUGUUGCUCAACGUUAUUCAGUCAUUGUGAAGGCCGAUAAGCCGGUGGAUUCGUAUUGGAUGCGGGCCGAAAUACAAACUCAAUGUUUUCCUAUGCAAAAUCCCAUCCUCGAUCCUAUGGUAAAAGCCAUCAUUACAUAUGAAGGAAGUUCAAAACAAAUUCCAGUAUCAACUGCAUGGAAUGAUAAAGUUACUGAUUGUGUAGAUUUGGACUCUAAUAAACUAGAACCUUACUAUUCACAACACAUUCCUGAUGUUGAUACUACAAUAAAUUUAUUUGUUAAUUUCC